AUGAAGGUGUUUUUCCAGCCAGCUGUAAUCAGUGGUGACAGUGUUAGCUCUGAUGUGCUCUCUGGUGGCAAGACCUUUGCUGCAGAUAAAAUGGCUGCAAUGAAGUUAUAUGCUACAAAGGAGAAGGUGAACGCAUUACAGAAUUCCUGUAUUUCAGAUAGUUCAUGUAAUUAUGCAAAAGAAGAUGGACAAUCACUAGUGCUUCUGAAGCAGAGCCAAGUAUCCAUUACCAGAGGGCAGACUAAAACUGCAUGGAUUGAAUGUGAAGUCGAGGGUGCACAGGACUUCCAGCCUCUGUACAUACACUGGUACCGACACUUGCCCCCAGGAGGUCCUGAGGUGAUUCUGCACUUCAGCCGAGGGACGGUUUCUUAUCAUGACAAUUCCUACAGGGGCAAGUACUCUUCUUCAAAGAAAGGUAGAAACAUCUUUACUUUCUCCAUCAAUGACAUCAAUUCCAGUGAUGAAGGUACCUACUACUCCAACAUGCUGUUGCUGGCAGUGCUUGUGACCACAGCCACUUGGUCUUUUGGACUUGCACAAGAAAUUCCUUUGCAGAGCCCUAUGUCCAUCACCAAGUUCAGAGGAAGUGCACGGAUGACAUGUGAAAUUCAAAGAUUGGAAGCAGUAUUUGAUGAAGCAGUGAUACACUGGUAUCAACAGAAGGAGGGUAAAGCUCCAGAGAGGAUACUGUUCUUUGUAUCAGGGAAACCUUCAGUUGAAAGUGGCUUUCAAUUCAAUAGGUACAUGGUUGAAAAUGUUUCUGCCCAGAAACGGUGUGUUUUGACAAUAAAAGAGGUAAUUCCAGAUGAUACUGCUACCUACUACUGUGCCUACUGGGAUUCUCACGUGUUUGGCUCCGGUACAAAACUCAUUGUGUCAGACAAAGGAAAUUCUCCACCAGCAAACUCUGAGAUUAUGCAGAACGAACACAAAAAUCAGUUAACGUAUGUUUGCCUUAUUGAGAAAUUCUAUCCAGAAGUUAUUCGUGUGACAUGGACUGAUGGAGAAAAAGAGAUAACAGAAAACGUAGUAAAAGGAGACCCUUGGAAGUCUGCAAAUGAAGAUGAAUAUUCCAUCAGCAGCUGGUUAACUGUACCAGCAGAGAACAAAGACAAGAACUAUUAUUGCACCUAUGAGCAUGAAAACCAACAGCAGGCACUGCCAACACAAGCUGCUACAGAAACACCUUCUCAGCAAGAGGACUGCAGCACUGGUUUUAAUAGAGGUAAUAAAAUUAUGUUUGUUACAGAUCACUUAGUGCACAGGACAGCGUACCUAGUGUAUAUCAUCAUUCUUCUGAAGAGCUCCAUGUACUAUCUUAUUGUACUCUUCUUCAUCUACAGAAUGUGGGCUUCAACCAAGAACCAAGGAAAGAAAACAUAAGUGCUGGUUUAAGAAGGAUUUACAAAAUAAUUUUCAAUUUCCUUUGCUAUCUACUUACCUAUUCCCUUGCUCUCAGUGUUAGAUGUAAAAACAAAACAAAAAGAAAACAAUCCCAAAAUAUU